CGCAUCUGGGUCGACUUCAUCAGCGAGAGCGUUGUCCCCACCUUCAUGCGCACCGUCAUGGCGCAGGAGCCCGCAAAGCAGGCGGAGAGCCUCCAGGAGUUCUACAACGCGCUCCGAACGCUCAUGGCGCAGGUCAAGGGCCCGUACUUUGCUGGCGAAGAGUUCACGCUUGCCGGUGUCGCUAUCGCGCCGUGGAUCGUGCGCGACUAUAUACUCAGGGACAACCGAGGGUACGACCGGUCGGCGGUCGGCGGCGGGUUGAAGGAGUACGCCGAGAGGAUCGAGUCGCGGGACAGCCUCAAGAAGACGAGCACC